UUAGGUUCCGGGUCGCGGGGUUAAAAGCGGAGAUGUUUUGGUUGUGGAAGCCGUGCUAACUUUAGCCUGGAUGUUGGAACGGGUCAGUGUUUGUGACAGUCGGUCAGUUGGUGUUGUACGAAGAUGGACGCGCAGCACAGACACAGGUCACUUUAUAAAGGAACCACUCCGCCAUGGAAGGAGACGUUCCGCAAACGCUGUGUGGACCGGCUGAAGAACAGCCGCUCCCGGCUGCUGGACAGGUACCGUCAGGUGGGAGAGAGCCCGCAGAGCUGCGGCUCCGGAGCCUCCAUCAUCGUCCAGGAGGUGAUGGAGGAGGAGUGGAGCGUCCUGCAGUCAGAGGCCCGGGGACUGCCCUCCCUGCUGCGGCCGGAGGGGCUGACAGAGAUGUUCAGUGUCAUGACAGAGUACGAUGAACUGGCCGUGCUGGAAGAAAUCCAACAGGAGCUCAUGUCUCAAGAAAUGUCUAUAAUUGAGGAGUAUGAGAGAAACCUGCAGUUUGAGGAGCAGUUCAUAUCGUCGGUCGUGGAGGGGAUGGAAGAAAAGCAUAUUAUUUGUCCCAUUUGUCACACGAACAACUUAAAUAUCAACAGUCAUUUCAUCUCCUGCACCUGUGGACUGUACAUCAACACUAAGACACGAGACAUUACUCCAGAUGUCCUGCGCUAUCAGCUGGAGUCCAGGGUGUCGGAGCACACGGAGGACUGUCUCCACAAUCCUCUUUUCUUUGUCGCUCCAAACAUAGACAGCUCUCCAAACCUGAUGAUCAGCUGCCAGGUCUGUGACUAUCUGUCCAUCGUUCUGUGAGAACGGACGCAACGAUCAUGAGUGACUCGACUCGUGAGAUAUGACUUUGAGUUUUUUGCUCUCUGUAUAUUUUGUGAAAUAAAAUCUAUUUUUAAUAUUUAA